AUGUCAACGGAUGAUUCAAACGAAGAUUUCAGCACAACUGAUAAAACAUUAGAUUUAAGACAAUGGAUAAAUGUUUUGUCUGGUGCUUCAUUACCAAAAAUGUCGAUGAGGACAAUGGUUAAAUGUCGUGAAAUGGGUAAACGUAAAAGGCCAGUAAGUCAUCACAUAUCUGGUGCUUUUACACUGAGUGAGAAAUCUAACCUUAUCAAUAGAUUUCUACCCAAUGAAUGGACAGUAAUUAUAGCAACUGAUUCUCAAUUACUCCGUUGCUUAUAUUUACCAGAUGAAGCAUUUGUCACAUUAGGUCAUGGUAAAUAUUCUCUUCAAAUAUUGAAUUAA